AUGUCUGGCACCAACCCGGAGAAGCCUCCCAUUCAACCGGAGCAGCAGCUCUACCCUCCUCCUCCCACCGGCGACAACAACCAACAGCAGCCUCCUCAGUACACCUCUGGGCAUGAGCAGCAGCAGUACAACCCGGACCAGAAGAGCGCCGCCGGCCCCGGCCACGAGCAGCAACACUUCCCUCCUCCGCCCCCGGGUCCUCCCCCCACCAACCAGCCGCAGUUCACACAUGCUCCCCAGCAGCAGCAAUAUGCCGCCGGCAGCUCCGUCCCCCAGCAGCAGCAGUCAUACACACAGACGCCGAGCCAGCAAGCUCCUUACAACCCCGCAGACCACGGCGCCGGCCACCACUACUCACAACAGCAGUUCGAGGGACCUCCGGGCACGGCAGCACCGAGCCAUACCCAGAGCGGUCCUUACACCGACCCGGCUGCCGCACAUGCUGCGUACAUCGCACCUGCUACCGAUCCCAACCACAAGGAGAAGCGCGGAUGGGGUGAGCGCCUCUCCCAGAUGGGCAUGAAGGCUGCCGUGCCCAUCAACGCCCUCGCCAACAAGAUGGGCUCGCAGAGCUUCCUACCCACCACCAUGGAUAGAGAGUGCGACAAGGCGGCCAAGAUCCUCAAGAGCUUCUGCAAGGAAGGAAUCACAUCCGAUGUGCCUCCUCAGACGGGCGAGCAUCUCGAGCCCGGCAAGCACGCCGAAGCCACCGGCUCGCGCCCCACGACGCCCAACAAGGAAAAGGCCCGCAAGGAAUCCAAGGCCAUCGUCAAAAUCCCCUCAAAGGUCAUCAACAAGGCCGUCGGCCUCGCCAUCUUCACCACCGCCCGCGUAGGCUUCCAGUUCUCCGGCGCCACCGGCUCCGGCAUCCUCAUCGCCCGCCUGCCCGACGGCUCCUGGUCCCCGCCCUCAGGCAUCCAGGUCCAUGCCCUCGGCGCCGGCUUCAUGAUCGGCGUGGACAUCUACGACUGCGUCUGCGUCAUCAACAGCCCCGCCGCCCUCGCCGCCUUCAUGUCCACCCGCGUCAGUCUCGGUCCAGACGUCGCCGUCGUGGCCGGCCCCUACGGCGCCGGAGGCGUCAUGGACGUCGGCGCCUCCUUUGGCGGCAAGAACCCCGAUCCCAAGGACAAGAACGCAAACGACCACGUUACGGACGCCAAGUCCGCCGAGGACGGCAAGCUCAAACCCGACGAGAAGGACAAGAAGCGCAGGAGCAGCAGCACCUCGCUCAAGCCUGUCUUCUCCUACGUUAAGUCCCGCGGCUUCUACGCCGGCAUCCAGGUCGACGGUACCGUCGUCACGGAGCGCAAGGACGCCAACGCCGCGUUCUACGGACAAAAGGUCACCGUGGACCAGAUCGUAAAGGGUCAGGUGCCGCCCCAAGGUCCCAACGGCAUGUGGCCCGCCGGCGCCCACCCGCUCUACGAGGCUCUCCGCACCGCGGAGCAGCAGCAGGCUCUCCCUGAGGUCCACCUGCCUCAGGCGACGCCCGGCCAGCAGGCCCCGCCUGGAGCGAUUCCUCCUCACCAGCAGCAGCAGCCGGCCUAUGGCCAACAGCCGCAGUACGGCCAUCAAGAUGCCGGCGGCCCGCUUGGUUCGCAUCCGCCCGGCCAGGGUGGCCCCGUCGCCUCGGGCGGUCUGAGCCGUGAGGAGCAGCUUCCGGGCUACGUGGAUGAUGGCGUGGCGCGGCCUGGUGUCGGUGAUCACAAGGGUCACUACCAGUAA